AUGGAUUCGAGCGAAACCCAAUAUCUCUUCAAAGAGACGCGCUUGAACCUCGAGCCUCCUGCGCCGGCCUCGGUCGUGACGAUCCGGGUGCCCUCCAAAAGCGGCGGCGGUCGACAGCAACAGCGGCUGGCGCUCGAGUCGUCUGCCGAAGAUGAGACGACCUUCAAGAUCAAGAACCUCGCGUCCGCGUCCUCAGUGUACCACCGGAGAUGGCACGACACGCCGCGCAGCUUCCUGUGGAGGGUGCUCGAGGACGGCACGCUGCUGAGCAUCCGCGCGGCGGACGUGUGCAAGAAGGACAAGGCCCCCGAUGCGCCGCUCGUGCUGAAUUUUCACUUUGCGGUGCCGAUCCAGCAGGGCUGCGUGGCAUUCGCGGACCCGGAGGAGCACGACGCGCUGUGCGUGUUUGUCCUGGACCAGGCGUCGCAGUUGUACACGUUUACCCUGCGGCCUGACCUGUUCCGCAAGAAGACGGCUGUUGACGCUGGCCUGUCUGAGCUGGGCAAGGUGCAGUCCCCGGCGGGCUUGGGCUUCAAGACGGCGCACCGGCUCGUGGCCGUGUCGGCGGAUAUCCUGCUCGCCACGGUCAACGACGGUGGCAUGAUUCGAUUCGACAAAUCGCGGACAGACGACACAUCCAGCGGCCUAUGGAAGGAGUCAUUCUUCAACGUGCAAGGCUGGGCUCAGAACCUUCGCAGCUUGCUACCGUUCCAGGGCAAACACACCAUCAGGUACGGCAAGGUCAACAUGGAGUACAGCGCCGCGACAUCACUGCAAGUCACAUCUUUUGGCCUCGAGAAUGCCUUGUUCGCCAUCACGGUCUGCCUCGAUCAUCGAAUGCGCAUCUGGAACAUCGAGGACGGCCAGAUUCUCUACACUGGAGACCUUUUGGACGUGGACCGGCCGCCGCAGGAAGUGGGCAAAUGGUCCAUCGACCCUUCGCAGGCAAACCUAGUCCAAGUCGUCGGACGGCAUCGCGGCCAACGGUUCUGUGCGACGUAUUCCCCGAUUGGCCCGGGAGAGUUCAAGUUCUGGAAGAUCAUCGCCAAGGACUCGCAUACUGUUAUGGUCGAGGACAUGUUUCCGAGGAACACUUUGCUGCCCCCAACGCCGUCGUCCUCGGAUAUUUGGACGCUGGCCGACUUUGUCUUGGCGUCACCAACGGAAGGUGCAGUAAAUGUCUGGACUCUUUGGAAGAACAACAUGACGUACAGAGUGCAACGCCUGGAGCUCGACAGGAAGAACAUGGGCCCGACGUGGGAGUCGGGCUGGGAGGGCGUCUAUGCUGAUACGGCCAUCGUUGCUGCACAGACUUCGGGCCCCUGUGACUCGACAGACGUUACAGAAAAGUGGCUUCAAGCGAUCCUACAACCCGGGCGUUUCACAAAGGCAACGUUGGAGACGGCCUUGUCCAUCUAUGAGCGGGGAUUGGGCAAGUCCAAAGACAGCAGCAAGGGCAGAGGUCUCGCUGAGUCGAUUUGCUCUGUUCUAGGCUCCACGGCAUCCCUGGAGCGCGGCCCAUCGGGCGCCAUGGACUACGAGCAAUUCCGAGCGUCGAGCGAGACCCAGUGGCGGCGAUUCUACCGGCUUCUCAUCGAGCUCGACAGGCAACGAGGAGAGGCCAUUGGGCUGGCGCUCGACCCCGAAGCCGACAUGGUCUGGGUCGUGUGCACGGAUCUGCUCUCCGCCAUCACCGAGUGCAGCAACCUAGAGCGACUACACCAUAACAUAACAAAGCCAGACGAAGACCAAGUUGACCAAGCGGCACUGGUCGGCUCCGCCUUGGCGUUCGUGGAUGGGUUCUCGGACAAUUACGUGCAGCUCUGCACUGCAGUCCUGCGGCAAGAAAUAUUCGAGGAGUCUUCCAAGACGGAUCUGGAACGCAUCCAAUACUUUUCAGACAAGGCUGGCUUCUGGCGCGGCAUUACCGACGAGGACUGCGCCCAGGUCGUCGACGCCCUAGGCACCAACUUCGGCGUUGUCACCGAUGAUCUCUACCGAUCUGUCCUGGAUUUGAUUGCUGCACCGCCAGAGGCGAAACGACGCCACCUUCGACACCCGCUGACUGAGUUUGGCAAGAAGCUCGUCAUGAAGGGUGUCCAGGACAACAUUGACCUUCAGUGGAAGGUGUGCUUCUCACAGCUCAUUCUCCUCGUACACAUGGAGUUUGAGUUCGACACGGAGGAAGAGGCUCUGCAUCAUCGGGUCAGCAUCGGACCGGUAUACCGGGAGCUUGUGAGCGCGCUGCGGAGACUAGAGCUGCUUAAGUGGCUCUCACGGACAGAGCUGUCCAUCCCAUUAUUCAAGACAGAGAAGGGAGCGGCGCCGGUACUCUCGAAAAAGGGCGCCGAGGAGACGCAGGUUGUGACGGCCUUGGAAGCCAACGUGGGGCAUCUACUCGGCUUCGGCAACGUCAGGAAUGAGCCGCUGUCGUUCAGCAUCACCGAACUCAUCGCGAAUCUUUGCGCACCUGACAGCGAUAUCGAGGUGUCCCCCACGCUCAUCCAAUGUUCGCUGGUCAAGCAGGAAAGGGCCGACCUGGCUCUGGACCUGGCACCCUUCUGCGACCAAAACCCGUUCUCGGUCUACAUCCAAGGACGCGUGAUGCUGGUGCUUAGAGACUUUGAGUCGGCAGCUAUCAACUUCAGGAAAGCCGCCAUUGGCAUGGCGACUCAGAAUGUACAGUCAGACCGACACAGCUGUGGGCUGCUCGACGACACAGAGUGGAACCUGCUCAAUAGCGGUCAGGCCAAGUACUACUCCCAUAUCGUUGCGCUGUUCGAGGCGCACAGGGCAUACGCCUACGUCCUGGAUUUCGCUCGUCUCGCAGUCCAGUUCUUGAACGUCGGCAAGAGCAACGAAUCCGCUCACGCGGACAUGCUUAGCCGGCUAUUCAAUGCUGCCCUGGCCACUUCGCAGUUUGAGCUGGCGCAUACCAGCCUGCUGUCCAUGAAGAACGAGGCCCUCAAGCAUUCCAGCCUGCGAAAGCUCGUUGACAAGAUGUGCGAGACAUAUCACAGCCACGAGCUGGUAUCAUUACCGUUCCCGGGGAUGCAACAAGACGUGGAAACGAUUCUCGCCCAACGCUGUAGGAACGCGAUGGACGUGAUCAACGGGUUCCCUUACCACCAGGUGCUGUACGCCUGGAGGAUGAAGCGCAGCAACUAUCGCGGCGCGGCCUCGGUCAUCCUGGACCGAAUCCAGAAGCUGAGGCACGCCGGCGAGGGGGACAAGAUUGACGGCGAAGACGUGCUCGACACACCAGUCACGAGACACUACCUGUUGCUCAUCAACGCGCUCAGUUGUGUGGACCCCAAACAGGCCUGGAUCUUCGACGAGGGUGUCGAGCACAACGGCGAGGCCCCGAGGCGGAAGGUAGUCUCAUUGGCGGAUAUAAGGAAGCAGUACCAGGACGAGUUGGACCGGAUCGCUGCGAUCCAAAAUAAUCAGUUUGGUUUCGAGGCGGGCGAUGUCAUGGAGAUUGCAUGA